AGGUAGUAGGGAGAGCCGGCGCACUGGACCAAACCCAGCUCGGCUCGGCCCGGCUCGGUCCGGCUCGGUUGUUCAAGCCGGCUCAGCAGCCGCGCCGCGAGAAGAGAACGAGGGAGGCAGUCAGAGGCACUCAUGCUCUCGUCAGGCUGGCUGGCUCAUCGCAAAACAACCAGGCGCAGAGCUGCGCAGAGCCUGACUUGAGCACUGCUUGAGCACUUGGCUUGAGACGCCCGCGUCACCGUCUCAGCAGAUCGCAGCGCACCGCGCACCACCUGCCCAAGGACAGGCGGAAGAGCCCCGCGGUGCGAUGGCCGAGAAGAGGACAAGCUUGUUGCUGUUGUUGGCGGUGCUGCUGACUCACCGCGUUGCGACAGAAAUCAGUGGGCCCGAGUGCUGCAACGCGUGGAACAAUGACGGCUGGAGGAGGUUCUCGGAACUGCCGUCGAAGGAGGUGCCGCAGCGGAAACCAACGGAGUGCCGCAACACGGUGGUGCCGCUCUCGCUCGGCGGCCGCUACUCGCGGGUGCGUCGCGCGGCCGACACCCGCCUCACGUGGACGCCCGGCGGCUCCAACAACCACCUGGGCGUGUCCUUUUGCCGCGACGCGCAGCACAACGACUGCUACAUGCUGGACGCGCUCGGGGUGGGCGCCGGCCGGCUGGGCUUCUGGUGGCGGAAGCACGGCUUCGAAGAGACGGGCCUGCUCAGCUGGGUGCCCGGCCGUCCGUCCGAGAACGUCCCGGAGACCAUGGUGCAGACCGAGGGCCGCAUGGAGGAGGGCGCGUGGCCCGACAACGGCGGCCAGGACAUCCAGGUCAACCUGGAGCGCACGGGCGGCCCGUCGCUGCGCGUGUGGCUGACGGGCGCCGAGGGCAGUGCCGUGGACAUGCCCCUGCCCGACGACGUGCCGUAUUUCGCCGUCACACCGCACGUCCCCGUCGGCGCCAUCAACACGGCCACCGCGGCCAUCGUAAAGACGCAGAAGGCAAAAUUGUACCCGGACAAGUCCAUCAACCCGCUGCUGAUGCGCGGGGAGAACCUCCUGCAGAAGCCGGGCAACAGGAUCAUCGUGACGUGGAAGCCGGACGACUCCGGGGCGCGCCUGGGCUUCGCCAUGUGCCACGACGAGCAGCAGAACUCGUGCUUCGUGCUGCUGCUGUUCGGCUUCAACGGCCGCCUGGGCUACGCCUUCAAGAGGCACUCGUUCCAGGAGCUGGGCGCGGCGGGCUGGGUAGCCGGCCGGGUGGACCGCGUGCCCUCCUCCGUGGUGCACAGCGACACCUCGGUGAACAGCUGGCCGCAGGACGGGCGCCAGCCCCUGCAGGUGUCCGUGUCGCGCUCGGCCGGCCGGGUGCAGAUCCACGUCGAGGGCGCCGAGCCACUCGUCCUGGGCCUGCCGGACGCGUACGGCUACCUGAGCGCGGCGCCCCUGGACGACCGGGGCAAGGUGGACGUCGGCGGCGUGGGCGGGCCGGCGCCGCCCAAAGCCCCAGCCCCAGCCCCAGCCGCGCCGCCGCCCGCCAGGCCCACCAGCAGGCCGCGGCCGCAGACGCAGCGCCCCGCCACGCCGCGGCCGGCGCCGCCGCCAGCGCCCAAGCCCCGGCCCACACCCGCACCCCCUCCACAGCCCCACCGGCCCGACCACCUCGGGUCGGCGUGGACGCUCAAGGCGCGGUCUGCGCGCGGCCAGAUGCGCUCGCCCACCAUGUCCGGGCUCGACGGCGACAUGUGCGUCAGCGUGGAGGCGCUGGCACUGGGCAGCGCGCGCCUAACCGUCGCCGUGGAGAGCCUGACCGGCGCCGCGGCGCCCGUCGCGGUCGCCGAGAUCCUCCCGCAGGAGCUGCAGGCGAGGGGCGACUGGCAGCGCAUCCAGAAGACGGUCUCGAUCCCGGCGGCCAUGCGCAACGGCCAGGUGCGUCUCGUCGUGUCCGGCGACCAGGUAGACGGAAGGGGCCUGGUGCUCGUCAAGAGCAUCGAGUUCUGCAACCCGCACACCUGCGGCGUGAGACGCAGGAACGUGCUGCCCCUCAUCGCCUACGGCACCGCGGCCAGCGUGGGCGACUACCCCUGGUUCGCGGGCAUCUACCGCAGCGACAACGGCAUCGACGAGUGGCAGUCCAUCUGCGGCGGCACGCUGGUGCGCACCGACGUCGUCAUAUCAGGUUCGACUGCUGGUCUCAAUCUCAAGCCAUCUUGGUCCAGUACAAUAAUUGGUGCGGGCGGCGCGGGCCGCGAGGGGGCGGGGGGCGGGCCUUGA